AUGAAAAUUUUUACAAUCAAGAACAUUUUUCUACUCGCUGCCGUCGCUGAAGCUCAAACUACGGAGCAGUCAGCGACCGAAGCUGCUGGAUGGGUAACACCUGCUCAGGUUGAAGGUGAGGAAGGAGGUUUAGAGGCGAGAACUCAUGGAAAGGUGGAGGCCAGACGAUAUGGAGACUUGAAGAACAUCGCGGAAGUUAUUUUCACUCACCCAGACACAGCUUGUCGGGCGUAUAAACGCUGUCAAAAGUGCGUCUCGCAUCACUACAACGGGACCACACCAAUGGGCGAGUGCAUCGGCGAGUUUGUCCGAUACAGAUGGGUUGAAGGCAUGGAUGGUUACCCUGCAUACGCAGGCCAAGCGAAUACGUGCGAAGAGGGCUUAUUUCAGUGUGAUUACAACUUUGCGAUGGACCUCUUCGAUGAACCACCACUAGAUCCCCGAUUUUCAAAGAUCGACUCAAUUUACGGAUGGGACAGAUUUGCUUAUGGAAAUUGCCAACGACCUGAGCCAAACAACGUCCCUUACCGACACGAAUGCUGCCACACUGGAGGUAACUGGCAGUGGUACAAUGUUCACACAAAGAAAUGCUGCCACGGAGUCAAAGUUGCACGAAUUGACGAUACUUGCAAUCAUCAUCCUCGAAGCAAGUAA